AUGCAGAACUUCGACUGGAACAAACUGCAUUCACGAAAAGCAGGUAAUGUGGUGAGCCGAUUGCAACUCUACGCAUCAUCAUCAUCAUCAUCAUCAUCAUCAUCAUCAUCAUCAUCAUCAUCAUCAUCAUCAUCAUCAUCAUCAUCAUCAUCAUCAUCAUCAUCAUCAUCAUCAUCAUCAUCAUCAUCAUCAUCAUCAUCAUCAUCAUCAUCAUCAUCAUCAUCAUCAUCAUCAUCAUCAUCAUCAUCAUCAUCAUCAUCAUCAUCAUCAUCAUCAUCAUCAUCAUCAUCACAGAACAAAGCAUAG